ACGCACUUGUAUUCGCAGUGCACUGAGACGCGCGCGCGUGCGCACACGCGCUAAACAGUCACCAGGACAGCGGGAUGAAUAAAGUGUUUUUUUUUUUCUGAGAUUAUUUUCUUAUCACACUAAUAGUUGAGCCAUGAUUGGGAGCCUUAUUUAUUAUGGGCUGUACCCGCUAACCCAGCUCUUCAUUAGGCUCUCAGACUCUUGGUGGAAACGUCAUCCAGUGAUCAUUCAUGGCAAAGCAGUGUGUGAUGGUGGUGCACGUUCUUGCAGAAGGCUUAAUGAGCAGCAGGCUGCUUUGUUGGAUGAGUGGUGCAACGCUGGACCUGAAGCCUCAGAAACCCCUACGUGUACUCAGCGAGAAAGGAGGGAAGCUGAGGGACUGGUGGAGAGCAGACCUCUUCUUGAGAUCACGGAGGUGGUAGUGGAGCAGAAGAGCGAGCUGGAGGAGGACAAAGAGAAGAUUUGUUCAGCAGACUUGAUGGAUCCUAAUCCAGAAUCAGUGAUGGAAUGGGCCAAAAUCCAGACUGCUGCCGAUGAAAGCAAAUGGAAGUUUAGUUCUGAGGAGGAAAGACAGAGAUUUCAGGGGAUGGUGACAGAGGCUGGAGGUGUCUGUCCAUUCAUGCCAGCAGGUGGGUUCUCAUGUCACUUGGGUUCUUAUAAAGCAGCUCCUUCCAGCACACUGACACAUGCUGGCUCUGGUAACCAUGGCCUUCUGAAAAGCCUACAAGAAUCCCAAGCUUGCGCCAACGGAAACGAGUCCUUUGAACCAACAGCAGAUGGUGCUGAAGAGAGUGAGAUUGAUGGUUCUAAAGUACCAGUACAAUUGACUUCUGCUCUGUUCACCACUGAUGAUGUGUAUGCCGAUGACUUGUUCACCAGAGGAAGUGAAGCCCAGGCCAGUAAUGGCAGUCUUGUGUAUGACCUGAGUGCGCUGCUGGCGGACAACCAUGCACCGUCCUUUAAUCACACAUGGCUCCAGCCUACGCCCACUGGUUGGCAUUUUCCAGUGGGACCUGGACUGUCAGAGGUAGUAUAUCAUCCGUUACAGUUCCCCGGCACAAGCUACUACCAAGGAUUUCAAGAAAAUACAAAUUUUGAAGUGGUGUGGAGGGUGUGGGAGGACCUUGGUAAAACCUCCAGUCCCUGCGUAUCUCCCCACACAGCCUGUGUAGAUCCUGGGUCUAAGUUUGACUUCACCAUUAUGUCCUACAACAUCCUGGCCCAGGAUCUGCUAGAGGCUAACUCAGAGCUGUAUGCACACUGCUCAGAGAAUGUGCUAGCAUGGGAAAACCGUUUAGAGAAUAUUCUCAAAGAGCUACAGACCUGGGAACCUGAUAUUAUUUGUCUUCAAGAGGUGCAAGAGAAUCACUUCCAAGAGCAGAUGUAUCCAGCCUUGAUUGAGAUGGGAUAUGACUGUGUGUACAAACGUCGCACAGGCAACAAAACAGAUGGCUGUGCAGUGUGUUACAACACUAAGUGCUUUACACAACUCUCUGUGCGCCUGCUCGAGUUCCAGCGUCACGAGUGUGAACUGUUGGACCGGGACAAUGUGGGCAUCGUGCUGCUCCUCCAGCCAACCACAGCGCAUGGGGACGACACUACGUUCCGGCCCAUCUGUGUGGCCAACACACACCUGCUGUUCAACCCCAGGAGGGGAGAUGUGAAACUGGCCCAGCUGGCCAUAAUGCUGGCAGAGAUUGACAGCAUGGUCAGGCAGUGUAAGGUCAAAGGGCGUGAGUGCGAGAUCAUUCUGUGUGGGGACUUCAACUCCUUACCCAACAUGCCACUCUAUCAGCUGAUCGUCACGGGCCAGCUCUACUACCAUGGACUACCAAACUGGAUGGUGUCUGGUCAGGAGGACUUGUCCUACAAAACCCAUCACAGGCGGCUCUACGCUCCUUUGUGGCCCAGCAGCUUGGGUAUCAGUGAUAACUGUCGGUACUAUGACAUUUUUGAGCCUGAAGGCAAAGAAUCAGGGAAACUGCAGUACAAUCAUGACUUCCUGCGGCAGCUGCGUUACUGCCCGGCAGCCUGUGUGCGGCCCCCUGACCUGGAGCUCAUACCAGGUGUCACCGACAACACUCCGACUCCUGAAGAAACACAGCCAAUUCCUCCAAGGCAUUUCAGAAACACCAUAUGUCAUGGCUUUAACCUAAGCUCUGUGUACAGCCAAAACAUAUCAGGCACUGAGUGCUGUGCAGUCACCACGCUGCACUCACAUGGAGCUGCCAUGGUCGACUACAUCUUCUACUCCGCACGGAGAGAACACACUACGGGUUGUGAUGACAAAGAGAAGGGUCUGAAGUUGCUUGGCCGUCUUGCUCUGCUGUCUGAAGCUGACCUUUGGUUGCUGAAUGGACUCCCAAAUGAAAUAUUCCCAUCUGACCACCUCAGUCUGCUGGCCAAGUUUCAGCUCUGCUGAGUGAUCAGGGUUCUAGCAAGUGUGACGCAGCCAAGCGGUGCAUACAUGACCCCAAGUUCAAGUUCCCAGUGUCGCUAGGGCCCCAAUGCAGUGCACUUUGUUAUAAGCCCAAGCACUGUUGUAACUUCUUUGAGGCCUUAAUCAAGAGAUGUGUUUUCUCAUUGUUCCAACUACUGAAAGUCAAAGACAGGGUAAAACAGUUUUCUUCCCGUCAGAGAUUAUGGCCCAGUUCUGAACAUCAUCUAUCAUUUUAAAUGGUUUCCUCCUUUUGACUGAUGCAAUUUCUAAAGGUAAUUUUAGGCAAAUGGCAUUUUUUAUAUUUGCUGUCCAAAACUGAUAAGGCUGUCUUAAGGUUGUUUUAAAAUUUGAGUUAAGCUAAUACAUGGGGCAUUGACAAAUUGAGCUGUGCAGUCUUGUUGCCAAAACAUUUUUAACAUGGAAAAUGCUGAACGUACCUCAUUUUGUUUUUGAAUUUAUAUUGGAGACUACCUGCUUUUGUUUUGAGCGGCUUCAUAUUCUUUCAGUGGAAGAAAAAAUAAAAUAUCUUGCCAAUAAAUAGUA